AACACUAAAGGUAGCAGAAAAUGGCCAACUCCGACCAAGCAAAUCUCGAACUGUUUCUCCAAUGGUUACAGGUUAAUGGAGCAGACCUUCGAGGUUGCACGAUCAAGUACAGUGAUUUGAGCAAAGGGUGUGGCCUUUUUUCCGCCAACUAUGCCUCUGAUGGUAUUCUAAGUUUCGACUUUUGUUUUUUCACAAUAGAUUAUAUUCUUGCGGCAGUAUUUGAUUCUGCAGCCAAAUUGUUCAGUUUUUGCCUAUCCCGCUAAAAGCUCAUGAAUUUCUAUGUGGGGAGUGAUCAUUUUAAAAUUUAUUUAUUUUUGUAUACUCACCACCCAUUUUGAAAAUGAUUUUUAAUUUCCUAGAUGUGCCAUUCAAGAAAUUCUAACUAAAGGUAUUAUUAAAGAAUAAAGAAAAAGGGAAAAUAGCAGUUAUUUUUCAUAAAAAUGAAUUCUACCCAACUUCAUAUUGGUGCCAAGAUUUUCAUUAACAUUAAAUCUGGUUUUAACACUGGAGGUUGGUGAUUGAGUUACUGCAGAGUACCUCUAGUGACUUAAGUCAAUGGAAUUGGCCUAAUACUUUCUAAGAAAUUUGCUGGACGACAGAGUUAAUUUGAAGGUAGGAAGAAAUAGUAAUCUUCCUUUUGGGUGUAGAACGAGCUUCUGCUGCUCUAUAGCCAAUUUCCUAGACUCUUUUUUCUCUGUGAUGAUGAUGAUGAUAUAUGGCACAAUGGUCGCUGAUUAUGAGAUGAGAAGGAUGUGUCCUUAACAUGCUAGAAUUUUCCCAAGUGGAUAGGCUUCCUGAUCUUGCUAUGAAACUGCGAGCCUUCCAACAGCCAAGAUGAGAGAGUUGACUGCGGUUCUAUUAGUUGUUCCCCUAGAUCUAGCAAUCACUCCAAUGAGAGUUUUGCAAGAUCCUCUUUAUGGACCAGAGUGUAGAGCAAUGUAUGAAGAAGGUGAAGUAGAUGAUAGGUUUUUGAUGAUUUUGUUCCUCAUGGUUGAGCGGCUGCGUGAAAAUUCUUCAUGGAAUCCGUACCUUGAUGUGCUUCCUACAAGAUUUGGGAAUCCACUUUGGUUUACUGACAACGAGCUUUUGGAACUGAAGGGUACCACACUUUAUCGAGCAACUGAAUUACAGAAAAAUUCACUGCAGUCAUUGUAUGAAAAUAAAGUGAAGAAAUUGGUUAGUAGAUUGUUGACUCUUGAAGGGUUUACAGGAAGGGAGGUGAGCUUUGAAGAUUUCCUAUGGGCAAAUUCCAUUUUUUGGGCACGUGCCUUGAACAUUCCAAUGCCGCAUGAUUAUGUAUUUCCUAAAAUUCAAGAAGCGGUUGGAAGUGACUCCUUGAUAGAAGAAACUGCUGAGGUUUCAACUUCUGCUGUCUCCAAGGUGCAGUUGGCUUGCGUUAAGAAUGAAGAUGGGUGCGAAGAUCCUCGGAUGAUUGAUAGUGCAGCUAGUGGAGAAACAUUUGGGUCUUCAAAACAAGAAACUGUCUGGGUGGAGGGUCUUGUUCCUGGCGUUGACUUUUGCAAUCAUGAUCUGAAAGCAACAGCAACAUGGGAAGUUGAUGGAACAGGGUCCACUACUGGAGUUCCUUUCUCAAUGUACCUCCUCUCUGUUUUUAUCCAUGAUAUAUCUGGAAAAGCCAUUUCAAGGUCGUCCGGACUGGAGGAGGUUUCAAUCAGUUACGGUAACAAGGGGAAUGAGGAGCUCCUUUAUCUUUACGGAUUUGUCAUGGAAAAUAAUCCAGAUGAUUAUCUCAUGGUACACUAUCCUUUAGAAGCAAUCCAGAAUGCUUCCUCUUCUGAUUCAAAGUUACAGCUUCUUGGAGUACAGAAGGCUGAAAUGCGGUGUCUUUUACCAAGAAGGUUGCUGGAUCAUGGAUUUCACCCACCAAAAACCUCAAAUGUCAAAGAAAAUGUAGACUGCAGCAACAGAGCUUGCAAUUACAGCUGGAGUGGUCAGCGCAAGCUACCUUCUUACUUGGACAAGCUGAUAUUCCCUGAGAAAUUUUUAAGUGCAUUGAGAACUAUAUCUAUGGAUGAGGACGAGCUUAUGCAGGUUUCAUCUUUACUGGCAGAGAUUGUUGGACCUGAAGAGGAUAGGGAGCCCACUGACACUGAUGUCCAAGCCGCAGUCUGGGAGGCUUGUGGUGACUCUGGAGCUUUGCAAUUGCUUGUUGAUCUUCUUCAAAAGAAGAUGAUGGAUCUUGAAGAAGGCACCGGAACUCUGGACAGCGACACUAAGCUGCUAAAAGAGGCCCAAGUGACUGAAGACAUGAACACAAAUGGCUCGUGUCAGAAUUCUGCAAGAGAAUUAGACGACAAGAAGCCACAAAAUUUGAUGAGCAGGAACCAAUGGUGUAGCAUUGUUUAUCGCCAUGGUCAGAAGGAACUAACCAGUCUAUUUCUGAAGGAGGCAGAACAUGCUUUGCAUCUGUCAUUAAGUGAGGAAAACUAAACACCAGUUUAACAACUCUCUCUAGCACAGUUUUACAUGAUAGAUAUAGGUUUCAUCUGUUCUUUGUAAUUUAAAUGCAUGGGAAUUUUUUUCCUGAUCAUCUUGAGUAAUCUCAUGCUUGUGAAAUUUAUUUUCAUGCAUUUCAAAAUAAAAAAAUCUACUCCAAAAUUACCGGCCAUAUGUAUAGUGUCAAGGUGUAGUUUGUGUCCCCAUUGAUUUUCGUGUGUCACAUAUGAAACCCUUCUGUCUAUGCAUGUGUACAGUGUUCUGAUAGCUAGAUCUCCAUGAGCAAGGCAUACUUACACUACACCUGAGAUGUCUCUACAUGGCACAUUAGAGAAAUAUAAGUUCAAUUCAAUUUAAUAACCAAUUGACAAAGAAUUUCGAUAUCA